AUGCUCCUCGCCCAAGUCCUCAUCCCCCCCCUACUUUUCGCCACGGCCCUCGCCGCUCCCGGCAACACCCCCCACGAACGCGACAACACAGACGGCAGCAUCGUCUUCCCCGGCGGCAACGGCUACGCCGGCUGGGCCAUCUGCGGGGACCAAGUCAGCAAGCAGCGCUUCCCGAGGCUGCAGGUGCCGGCGGGCGCGGGCGGCGGCUGCGUCCGGUACUACCGGGGCAUCGACAUGACGGGCGUCGUGACGGAGCUGCACUUCUUCUUCCGGGACGGCUUCCGGACCGCCUGCGACUGCGCGGCGAAGUGCCUCUCGCAGCCGGCCAGCUGCAACAACUGGGUCUGGAAGCACACCUUCAUGCCCGGCGACGGCGGCCGGCGGUCUUGCACGCUGUACAGCAGCCCCAACCUGCCGAGCAACGUGACGCUCGACUACGACGAGGCCAAGAGCAGCGGGUUCCAGCCGCUGAGCGACGCGAAUAACCCGCAGGUGGGCGGGGACUCGCCGCUGACCUUCCUCGACGACGCUGGCACCAAGCCGGAUCCUGAUGGCGUGUCUGGGUUUACUGCCAUUGACCAGAACGGCGGGCUGUAUUGCUGA